AUCUCUGCUAAUAUGCUUUAAAAGUAAAUAUAUUUAAACGAAUAUACUUUUUAAUAUACAAAUGUCUCUAACAAUUUUGAAUUAAAUUCGAAUGCAGUCAUCUUUAUGAGCCACCGCGCGCCCCCUGGAGGAAUAACAACCAAAUGUAACAACUAACAGCAGCACUUUCCAUUCUCCGUGCGUGCUGCACUACUAGUAGGAGUAGUAUGGUAAAGCGUGAUUGGGAAUACAGCUCGUGCACUCACCGGCGGGGCUGAUGUCUUACUCUGUUAGUUAGACUCACUCAGUUCUCUGCUGUCCUUCUCAUUCCCCCGUAAAACACGAAACCGAGACAGAGUCGAGGAGCUGUCCACUUCAGCACCGCCAGCAGGACUGUCCAGACAAACCCAGACUGAGCCUCAUGAGGAUGAUGAAGAUGAUGAUGCUGCUGCUGCUGAGUGCAUGCGGACUGCAGUAACACACCAGCAGCACACCCGCAUUCCUCCAUCCAUACAGCCACCUGAGCCUCCGGUGCAAUGGUCCAUGCCAUCUCUGUCUGUAGUAGUGGGUCUGGCAGGAGAGGGUUUCUGAAGAACGGCAACUCCAUGAACUAAAAAUACACUCACAAACAAGUCACAGGAAUUCACAAACUGACCAGAACGGGAAAAGUAUCUCUGUUUCAUUCUGUUCAUCUCUUCUUCAGUCUUCAUCACAGUGUCUCUUUGUGUUGUACUGUUAUGACAUCAUGUCUCAAACAGGGAAAGUUCUUCAUUUGUAUGUGGAGGUAAGAUCCUCACCAGAGCAUGAUGGGAAAGGUAGUUCCUGUGAGACGACAGUGGAGCAAGAUGGUCCCGUUGAGGCUUUGACCAAAUUAGCACAGGCAGCCUCUGGGUUUCCCGCACCUCCCAGCAGCUCAUUCAAACCAAAUGUUAGCUUCAGACUGCAGCCUUCACACAGUUCUUUGGAUUCCCCUCAAAGAUGCAGCAUUCCCCAACAGGAACCAUUCCAACAGGUGCCCUCUGGCCUCAACAACAACAUUGACAGUAAACAAUUAAAACACUCGUCAUACUCCGGACAGACAUCUGGUCCCGGAACGCCUUGUCAAACCUGCAGCCAUCACAAGAACUCUAAACCAGAGCUCAGACAGAGGUCCGUGGUCACUUUCAGCUACAUUGAAAAGGCCCAGAUCAAAACCGUAGAGAGCCCUUGUAAUAGUCCCGGUGGAAUAAAGGAGGCAGCGGCUUGCCCACGUAAGAGGUAUAGUGAUCCAGUGUGGCCACGACCUGCAGAAUCUUCCUGCAAUAAUAGUCCAUUUCACCAGCACAUGGGUUCUACUUUGAAUCAUAUCGGUCAAGCUGCAACACAGCGAGUCCUGAAGGAAUUUGGGUCUCCCCAAUUGAGGUGUAAGUUUUCUCAUUGCUCAGACUGGAGUCCAGAGUUUCAUCGACGCCAAAGGGAACGAUGCCAGUCUUGGGCAGGUCCACCAUUGCCAAACUGCAGUGCCUACUGCCAUGAUCCUGACCCAGGCAGGGUAGGAGUUGCAUGUGGUAUCCACAAAAGCCCAGCAUCAGAUGCUUUCUCAUCCCACAUAGGGCACAACAACCAGCAGAAAUCCCCCUCCAAGUCCCAAGGAUGCCCCAAGCAGAACCUCAUUUCGAAGCAAGACUGCUCUGCUCCAGUCAGUCAAAGUUCGGGAAGCUGGGGUGAAGGCAGGCCUCUGUCAGAGCAAAGGACCAGCCUCACAAACACACCCACUCAUUGUUUGAACCAGCUGAGUGGAAGCAAUAACUCCUCAGCUCUGAACAGUCCUGAGAUAGCCCGCAAAAUUGCUGAAGAGGCCACCAAGGUGUCAACAAUUUUCAACGAGGUCCGAAGUUCUCCUCCUCCCGUUGUUUUCGGGGGUUCGUCUAAUCUAAACAGCACAAACUAUGGGUAUCCUUCUAGAGAAAUCCAGCAUGAGACCUUACAGCAGAGUCGAGUGCAGCAUUCAGCUGUCAAGAUGAACAUACCUGUGCAUGAAGACCAUUCUACGACAAACGGGGUGCGUGAAGCACCAGCUACUAAGAGCUCGGAUUUAAGAGAUGACCUGGCCAGUCAUUCAUUCUGCUCUGUCCCAGUGGAAGGAGACCCUGAUUCUGCGGCCCUUCCAUCACGUCUUCUUCGUCCAAGUUUGUCCAAAGCAGAUGUGUGUUCUCCACUCCGAGAUCCUCGCCAGCUCAGAGUUGACCUGCCAGUCUCUGACAGCCCCACUUUACACCGUCACAAGCCUCCACAGUACACUGGAGAGGAGUGGACAUCUGGGGAACCCUGGUUCCUGGACGAGGAGGACUGGGAUGACCAUGUCGUCGCAGAAAGCGUGGAGAUCUCCAGGCGGUUGUUUAUCGGUCAGAGUGUGGAUGAUUCUCCGGUCAGUUGGACAUCUAGACAACAGUGGAAAGAGCAGGCAAAGAAAGAGGAAGGGAAGUUCAGUUUGUCAGAAAAACUUGAAGGUCUCAACAGCAGUAGUCCAGUGUACAGAAAAAGCAAUAGGUUUGAGGUCACUAAAAGAGGAGAGGAGAAUGUGAGCAAUUCGUUAUGUGGAGCAAACCACAGCCCUGGGGAAAGUGUAGAGGAGAUGACCAGGCUAACACUGCAACAGAGACGGGCAGAAUGGAAGAGAAGACAAGCUUUGCUUCUAGGGCCGGUGGUAUUAGAAGAAGGAGAUGGGGAGAGAGGAGAGGAUGAACAGGGGUUUGGAGAUCAGCAGGGUUUAGUUGGGUCAUCCCCGAGCUCUAGUGGAGUUACGGGAAGCCUAGGAGACAGAGAUUGCAUCUCACCUGAGUCCAGCCAGAACAGCAACCAAUCAGAUCACCCAUCAUCAGGAAUACAGUCUGAUGGCGGUUCUUUAGUGCCAGGUCCAUCUCUGCACUGUCAGAAAAUUGCUCGUGCCAAGUGGGAGUUUCUGUUUGGUACUCCAGCAGAAAACACUGCCAGCAAACAAGAGAAGAAUGUUCCAGAAUCCUCCACAGCUCCACCAAGUGGCCACUCCACCCCAAAACCACCCUCUUAUCUGCCAUUGGAGGAGCUUGCUCUCAGAGCUAAUCAUGACGUCCAACACGUGGAGGUGGAGCUAGUGACUCCGCCCCCUGCAGUCCCAGGCACCUCCCCCAAAACAGGCAUAAUUCGGCGAACUUUGAAAUACUCAGAGACCGAUCUGGACGCCGUUCCGUUACGAUGUUAUCGGGAGACAGACAUAGACGAUGUGCUGUUAGCAGAGCAAGAGGACGCUGACUCAGCCUUCGGAAGUAACCGAAGUGUCAUGGGAACUUCCUGUGCUGGGAGCAGCCCGCUAGGAGAGAUGCCGAAUGAAAGAAAAGAUGGACAGGAGGAGGAGGAGGAUGUUGCAAGCUGGGUCACUGUCAGGAUGCAGGGCGAUGUGAGGAGGCUGUUGGCCGAUCAGGAGCAAGAAGAAGAGGAGUUUUACAGCAUGAUGCUAAAGAGGCCCCAAAAUCGUUUCAUUAAGGAGCACCCAGCUCUAAAAUCUCCCAUCCUGGUCCGUGGUCCUCGCAGAAGGUCCAGAGACAGUUUGGACACAUUUAGCCGGCAUUUUGAGAACAUCAUGGAGUCACAGCGUGCCAAGGGCACCUCCUACAGCAGUCUGGACAGUCUCGACCUUCUGACCUCUAGCACUCAAACUGUCCUGACCUUUGACCUCCCCACACUGACUCCACAGGUGCAGGGUCAGAUCUACCAGAGUGCCCGGCAAAUCGUGGAGCUCAGCUUCGCUCCAUUGGCACACAUAGAGAUACCCAGCCUUUCAGGGUCGGCGCUGACGAUAACAGGGGACACGGAUGCCACACGGGCGCCAUCCAGCGAACGUCUCAGCAGCGGGUCCGACGAUCGCAACAGCCAGAGCUGGCAGAGCAACCCACCACUUUCACUGCCCAGAGAGAAAUCUCCUCGCUUUGCUGCGGACCCAGAUUUGGAUCAGGAGCUGAGCGAGCGUUUGGGCAGUAAUGACACUCUCAGUAACGGAAACCGCGCCAAUCUGGACGCUGCCAAACGUCUGGCCAAGCGGCUCUUCAACCUCGACGGCUUCAGGAAGUGCGACGUUGCGCGUCAUUUGAGUAAAAACAAUGACUUCAGUCGCCUGGUGGCAGAGGAAUAUCUGCGCUACUUCAAUUUUACUGAAAUGACUUUGGACCAAGCGCUAAGGGCAUUUCUACUAGAAUUUGCUCUGACGGGCGAGACACAGGAGAGAGAGAGAAUCUUAGCACACUUUUCCCAUCAAUAUGUGCAGUGCAAUUCAUCUCUUGCACUAUCUGAAGACAGUGUCCACACGCUGACCUGCGCACUUAUGCUGCUCAACACAGACCUGCACGGCCACAAUGUUGGCAAGCGAAUGUCCUGCACUCAGUUCAUCGGGAAUCUGGAAGGACUAAACAGCGGCCAUGAUUUCCCUAAAGAACUCCUCAAGGCCCUGUACAACUCUAUUAAAAAUGAAAAGCUGCAGUGGACAAUGUAAGUGUGUUUUCUUUUCUGCUUUCACCAUUUAACGACUGUAAGGUUUUGCACUAGAAGCAAUGUGUUACUACCAAACUACCCACGAGUCGACUAAUUUUAUCAUUCUGAUCAACCUGAAAGAACACAUUACCAUGGUAACCAUAGUUUCCUCAAAAAUAGCAGAGUUAAUACAGCUACUGUCAUUAUUAUUCAUAUAUUCGGAAUAUAUGAGUGAUUGUUUGCUUAUAAAAACAAGUUAUUGUUUUUCAUGUGUUGUAUUGUUUAGGUGGUUGCUACAUUCAAAGCAAUAUUUAAAUUAAAGAUAUGUGUUUGAAUUGCAUUUAA